ACAGUCAAUUUUAUUUUAAUUAAAAAACAUGUCGAAAUAUUUUGUAUUCGCUAUUGUUCUCGCCUUAUGGUUAUGCCUUGUCAACAGUGCCGCUGUAGGUGGACGCUCAGGACGUCUUCUCGAUGCUAAUACAAUAAUUCAAAGGAUCAUAGCUGAAUAUGAGAAACUACCCGGUCCAUCUGUGCACCAUCCUCAUGAAGUAGCAACAUUGAUUGAUCCUGAAAACUUUCAUCUGAACUUUUAA